AUGGCCAGCCUGCCUGAAUUCACGGCCGACGAGGUCGCUGCUCACAAGACUCAGGAGGAUCUCUGGAUUGCCGUCCACGGAAGAGUGUACAAUGUGGCCUCGUAUCUGCAGGACCAUCCUGGUGGUGCGGCCAUCUUGCUCGACGUGGCCGGCACUGAUGCCUCGCACGAAUACGAUGAUGCCGGCCACUCUGAGGAUGCCGACGAGAUCAUGGCUGCCCUGGUUGUCGGCACGCUGCAGGGUACUCGUGUUGGCCGUCCAACCAAAACCGUGCAGCUGAUCCAGUCGUCAUCGUCGUCGGCCAAGACCGUGUCGUCAUCGUCGUCGCUGUCUCUGCACGUGCUUCCCGUCCUGGCCAUGGCAUCUGUCCCGGUUGGAGCGGCAGUCGCGGCCGUUUACCUUCCCGGUCUCUGGGGUGCACACAACGUGUCCCGCCUUCUGUGCCUUCUUCCGUCGCCUUCUCACGGCAGCAGCAACCCGGCGACGACGUUUGGUGGCGGUGUCCUCGUGGCCAGCCUGUUCUGGACCGCUCUCGUCGGUGUUGCUGGCAGCCGGCUGUCGGCGCGGUUUCUGCACAUCGACAGUGGCUUCACACGCUUUCCCAUCCAGAUCCGGACGCAGACAACCACGUCCAGACGCGUUGCCCGGCCACGACCGCUGCUGCAGGCGGCCGGCUUCCUCGACCCGAAGACGUACAAGACGCUGCCGCUGGUGGCCAAGACAGAGCUCGCGCCCGGCGUCUUCCGGCUCGAGUUCCGACUGCCACAGCCGACCGACGUUCUCGGGCUGCCAGUCGGCCAGCAUGUCGCCAUCCAGGCCACCAUCGACGGCCAGACAGUCGCACGCUCGUACACGCCGACAUCCAACAACGCUGACCGCGGCCGGCUCGAGCUGCUCGUGCGCUGCUACCCCGACGGCCUCCUGACUGGCCGCUAUCUCGCCCUCCUGCAGGUUGGCGACACCGUCCGCUUUCGCGGCCCCAAGGGCGCCAUGCGCUACAACAAUCCUGGCGGCCGGCUCUGUCGUCGCAUCGGCAUGAUUGCCGGCGGUACUGGCAUCACGCCCAUGUUCCAGCUCAUCCGCGCCAUCUGCGACGACAGCCACGACCAGACCGAGGUUUCGCUUAUCUAUGCCAACCGCUCCGAGCCCGACAUGUUGCUGCGUCGCGAGCUCGACGCUUUUGCCCGCCAGUAUCCCCGCAACCUCAAGGUCUGGUACAUGCUUGACCACCCUCCCGCUGACUGGCCGUAUGGCUCUGGUUUCGUCACCGCCGAUGUCAUGCGCGAGAGGCUGCCCAAGCCCGCCCCCGAUACCAAGAUCAUGCUCUGUGGGCCUCCUGGCAUGAUCAACGCCUCCAAAGCGGCUUUGCAGUCGCUCGGCUUCCAGACCCCUGGACCCGUUUCGCGUAUGACCGACCAGGUCUUUUGCUUCUAA